UACAACUUGCUGAGCAGCAGCAUGGAGAGCCUGGGGAGCCGCGCGACGUCCGCCAGCCCCUACAGCUCCGAGAACGCCUCCUCGUCGGCCGUGCCCACCCCCUCACCAUACUCCCAACCCAACUCCACCUUUGAAGGCCUGUCGCCUGCACCGGCCAUCCCCUCCAACACCGACUAUCCCGGGCCGCACACCUUCCAGGUGUCCUUCCAGCAGUCCAGCACUGCCAAGUCUGCCACAUGGACCUACUCUCCCUUGCUGAAGAAGCUCUACUGUCAGAUUGCCAAGACUUGUCCGAUCCAGAUCAAACUCUCGUCCUCUCCUCCGCAUGGCAGCAUCCUCAGAGCCAUGCCCGUCUACAAGAAGGCGGAGCAUGUCACAGAAGUGGUCAAACGCUGCCCCAAUCACGAACUAGGACGAGAUUUCAACGAUGGUCAAGCAGCCCCAGCCAGUCACCUGAUCCGGGUGGAGGGGAACAACCUCUGUCAGUAUGUGGAUGAUCCUGUCACCGGGCGACAGAGUGUCUUCGUGCCCUACGAGGCUCCACAGGUGGGGACUGAGUUUACCACCAUCCUAUAUAACUUUAUGUGCAACAGCAGCUGCGUGGGUGGCAUGAACAGGCGACCCAUCCUCAUCAUCAUCACUUUGGAGACCAGGGAUGGUCAAGUCUUGGGCAGAAGGUCAUUUGAAGGUCGGAUAUGUGCGUGUCCCGGCAGAGACCGCAAAGCCGAUGAGGACCACUUCAGGGAACAACAGGCCCUGAACGAGAGUGUAGCCAAAAAUGGCAGCGCCACCAAACGCAACUUUAAACAGAGUCCGCCAAAUAUUCCGAGUCCAAAUAUUAACAUGAGGAAGAGGCGGCAUGGAGAGGAAGAGAUUUACUAUAUUCCUGUUCGUGGUAGGGAGAACUUUGAGCUGCUGAUGAAGAUUAAAGACAGCUUGGAGCUGGUGGAGUUGGUGCCACAGCCCCUGGUGGACUCAUACAGACAACAAACACAGCAGCAACUGCUGCAGAGACCGAGUCACAUAGCGUCCCCCUCCGCGUACUCACCACUCUCCAACAUGAACAAGCUUCAUGCCCAUGGAGGCCUCAACAAACCGCCCUCAGUCAACCAGCUGGUGGGGCAGCAGCAACAGCAACACCCUGCUGCCCCCACAUCCUUAUCUCAUAUGGGUUCAAACAUGCUCAACAGCCACCACAUGCAGGCCAAUGGUGAUAUGAAUGGUGGCCACAGCAGUCAGACUAUAGUGUCUGCUUCCCACUGCAGCCCGCCCCCUCCGUAUAACCCUGACCCCAGCCUUGUCAGUUUUCUUACCAGUCUGGGCUGUCAGAACUUCAUUGAGUACUUCACCUCCCAAGGCCUCCAGUCUGUCUACCAUCUUCAGACUCUCUCCAUGGAGGAUUUGGGUGCACUGAAGAUACCGGAGCAGUCCCGCAUUGCCAUCUGGCGAGGUCUCCAGGACAUGAAACAAGGUGCUCCCAUCCAACUGCCCACCUCUACUCAUCACCAUGACUAUCAUGGCCAGCAGCUUCUUCGCUCCAGCAGCAACAUGGCCGCCUCUGCAAUGGCAGCCAUCGGGGCUGCCAGCGGGGAGCUGCAACGUCAGCGUGUCAUGGAGGCUGUGCACUUUCGUGUCCGCCACACCAUCACUAUCCCCAACAGAUCAGGUGUUGUUGGGACGUCAGGAAUGGCAUCUUCUGCUGACGAAUGGGCUGACUUUGGUUUCGACAUGCCUGACUGCAAGAUGUCACGUAGCAAGCACUCAAUCAAGGAGGAGUUCAUGGAAAGUGACGUUCACUGAGCCUGAAAUAAUCUUGGGACUGUUUUGGCAACAUUAUUGUCACAAUCAGCCUAUUUACAGAGUAAAAUCAUGUGGAUAGGGUCUUUAAAUGUGUUGUUAGGUGUUGCUGUCAAAUUUGGUCAAUGAUUUUGGAGAGAAUCAAGUUUUGUUUUGAUUGUGGGACAUUUUCAGUGUGUAAAUGCACGUUCCUGUGCAGUCCUUCUUUGUGCUUGAUCACUUGUUCCACCCAGAAGAUUGAACAUGAGAUACCCCAAAGGACAUUUCAAGUCUACAUAGGGACAUGGGACUCUGAUAAGUGCAUGUUAAAAGAGGGAAAUAUCAAUUAUUCUGGAAAGUGGGAUGUUGUUUGGUCUCACUGUGCAAUAAUAGAUGACACAUUUUUCUUUAACAGCAUCCACUUACAAUAAUGGUGAACAAGUGUGGCACUUGUACAAUCACACAAAUGUCAGAGUAGACAUUUCACCAUUUCACAUUCUCAUUUUCAUUUUUUUCUCAUUAUAAAACUAGUUCUCAGCUUACUUAUUUAUUGUUCUUUCAGUUUUCUGUCUUAUGUAUAAAUGUAUAUACUGUAUCUUGUAAAUGUUUUAGACUAGAUGUGAUUGAAAAGGGGUAUUUAGAUUCAAAAUGGUGUCCUGUUUGAACCAAACAUAUGGAGUUGAAUGGUAAAUCAAACUCACAGGUUUGGGAACACAUAGUCAUGUAUAUUUUCAGUGGGCAUGAUAAUGUGAUGACUUUUAGUUCAGUAUGCCCUUAUCAAUACAUUGUUAAAAAAUAUUAUUUAAUGGGCUUUGGUAUAAAUAGUGUGUAUUCAUGAAAAUGCAAUGGAAAUCAAAGUCAACAAGUAAUUAGUUAGACGUCACAUUUAUUAUUUUUUUUAAUAAGAUAUGGGAAAUACUGUGUUAUUCUUGUGUAGAAACACAUUGCAAAACAACUGAGAGACAAGAUAUCAAAAACAGUAUUAUAAUUAUCCUAAACACGAGACAAGACCGUAGCAUUUUUGUCCUUCUCUGUGUAUUUUGAAAAACCUUGCAGGGCAAGGUCCUCAUAUAUUGAUUAUAGCUAGUUGUGUACCUAGUGUAUAUCUUCAUGGCACUUGUUUGUGGAUAUUUGAUAGCAACAUUCCAAUUUUAUCCCUAGAUAGCCAUCCAGGACAAUUAGUCAUGUUGCAGUUUUGGUAUGGUGUCAAAAUUGUUUGUAGUAUUUGACUUUGUACCAUGACAAUAACCCAUACCUUAUUUACAGUCAUUUUCUAAGGCCCUCUUACCUACAAACACACACACUGUCACCCACUCACCAACAACUGGUCAAAGAAAGAGCACUUUAAUGCUUUAAAAGUAAAAAUAAUUUUGGGUUAUUUGUGCUUAUGAUCAGUAUUAUGCAUAACCAUGAUGUAAAUAAUAAUAGUACUUUGUUUUGAUAUACCUGACAAGUUUUUUUUCUAUCAGUUUUAUAAAGAUGAUUAAGAUGUGUACCUUUGUAACUAUUGCUGUUCAUUCAUGUCCAUUAGUUUCUGAGGUUGUUAAGUUCAGUGUUUUUCUUAAAACUGUGGAUAU